GAUGGGAAUUAGUAGGUAGCUCUCAAUCCGUCUUCUUAUAUUCAUCCAAAACCGGAAAAAAAAUUAUUCUCUCCACAUGACAGACAGAGUAUAUCCAGCAGCAAAGCCCACCGCCAACGGCGGCACCGCCGCCCCCACCACCGCCAACGGCGUAGCCAAACCUACAUUUCCGGCGACCAAAGCACAGCUCUACAACGCGAAUCGGCCGGCCUACCGCCCUCGGCCGCCGCGGCGAGGCCACCGCCGGAGCUGCUGCUGCUCCAUCUGCCUCUGGACGACUCUCCUAAUCAUCCUCCUCCUCCUCCUAGCCGCCGCCGCCGCCGCCGUGUUCUACGUCGUCUACCGCCCCCAGCGCCCGUCCUUCUCCGUCUCCUCGCUCCAGCUCGCCAGAUUCAACCUCACCGACACCGCCGUGACCUCCGCCUUCACCGUCACCAUCAUCGCGCGCAAUCGGAACAGCGACAUCGCCUUCUUCUACGACAAAACCUCGAUCCGGAUCCUCUCCGGCGGCGUCGACAUCGGCGACGGAUCGAUUGCGGCGUUCGCGCACGGCAAGAGGAACGUGACGACGCUGAGAGCCACGAUCGGGAGCUCGAACUCUCCGAUCGACGCCGCCGCCGACACGACGGCGCUGAAAUCGAGCGUGAAGAGCAGGAAUCUGCCGCUGAAGAUUCAGCUGGAUACGAAGGUGAAGGUCAAAAUUGGGAAGAUAAAAACGAAAAAGGUGGAAAUCAGGGUUACGUGCGAAGGGAUUAGGAUCACAAUUCCUACUGGCAAAACGGCGUCGCUUGCAACGACUUCCAAAGCAAAGUGCAAAGUUGAUCCCAGAAUUAAGAUCAUCAAAUGGACUUUCUGAUUACUACAUGCAUAAAAGUGUGACAAAAUAUAUACUGAUUUUUUGUUGUUGUUCAAUACUUAUAAAUUUUUUGAAUCUACGUUUAUAUGUUGUUUUUGCCA